GGCCUAGAGUCUUGGCCUCUCCUGGGGCUGGAAGGGUCCCUCUGCCCGGGAUGACCUCCGGCCGGCCUAGUCUCUUCGGAGUGAGCUUGUGGAGGAGUGCAUGGUGUUGGGUGGUCCAAGAGCUUUUUGUCUUGGUUUAGGAGUGUCCUCAGUCUGCGUUGUUAAGAGUAAGUCAGGACCUUGUCGGACUUAGAAGGCCUGUCAGUGGUGAUUUAUUUUCAUACUGAGAUCUUUGGAGAAGUGUGGACUUGGUUUCACGCGGACAUGAUCUGGUGAUGAUGAUUAUGGAAUAGGACGCGAUGCAGAUUUUAGGGCCUGGAAGUGGUGUUGAUUUGCAUGUAGAUUGCGGGUCCCACUAGCAGGACUGAAGUUCUUGGGUUGUUUUAUGGUAGAGAAGCUGUGGCGCUUUUAUCCUUGCGGUAGUAUUCCCAGAUUAGUAUCUAUGAUGAGAUGUCUGACAAAACUGGUUCUUUCCCUGUGUUAGGUAGACUGUUCUAGGCUGAUCUUUGGUUCUGAUAAUUUGUUUCAUGUUAGAGGAGUGUUACCUGAAAGGAAGGCAUUCAGUGUAUUGGGUGCCCGCAGAGGCAAGUCUUUUUGUCUGUCUACAAGGAUUGGUGAUGGCAUUGUUGGAAGCAUUGCUCUUAACUUUGGCAGAAUCUUUCUUUGCACAUUCUGCUUAGCUCUCAGUAAAACUUAGAAAGUUGUAUUAUCAGUUACCCUUGUUGAAUUACUAGGAUUAAAGUGUCAUGCCGUGGAGAGUGGGAUAUUUUUGCAUUUCUUGUUGCUCCGUGUUUAGUGUUAUGCACUUUCUAAACAUAAUUACACUUGUGUGUGAUAGGUCGGUGGGAAUCAAGUGAAAUCGUGUACACGGUGGAUAAAAGCACACUGAUGCACUGUGCAAAUAAAAUAUUUUUUUCUUUACCUAUCAGUAGAAUAUGUACACUGGGAACAAGUGGGCUGAAUUAGGAAGUUAGGAAAUUGGGAUGAGUCAUACUUUCUCAUGAAACAUUACCUCUGCAUUGUUAGAAUUUUGUGAUAGAGAUAUUUGAAGAUUAUUAGCUUAUAAUGUGCUUCUUUAGUGUAAUCAUUUUCAUAACCAUCCAUGUGGCUUUGGUUAUUAUUCCUUAACUUUCUGUAUAACCAAUGCUAUUGUGCUGAUACAGAAUAUGUAAGAAUAUUGUUGUGAUAUAGAAUGUGUGUGGGGCGUGGGGAGGGGAGACAGUCUGUUGCAGUGGGUCUGAUUAAGUUAAUAGGUAUGUAAACUAAAUCUAUGCUCCUGGUCUUAGCAACCCUGUACUCUCAGUUAUUCGUGCAGUCAUAUUACUCCCUAUUUCAUAUAGAAGUCACAUAGCCUUCCUUUUCUCUUACACUCUCCCUUACCCUAAACAUUUAUGUAAAAUACUAAUCUUCCCAUUCAAAGUGGGGAGUUGAAAUUAUAUGGGGAAAAUGGUGAUGAUUACAUUCUGUAGAAAUUCAGAUGCUUGAAAGGAAUUGCAAGGUUACCACUAUCACCCUUCCUAUUCCACAUAAUGACCAAUUAAUAUCCAGACUCAGAUAUUUUCAUUUUAAUCUCUAUAGGACAUAAAAGCAAUGUCAAAUAUAAAUUUGUUACUGAAUCUUUGCUAAAAAGCAUAACAAUAAUUAUCAAUCAUUUGAUUUAGUCACGUGUCUUUUGAUCUUCAUCUCUUUUCUUGUCACAAUGAUGACUUCCCAGACCACCCCAAAGCAUUUAUAAUUAGAACUUUCAAUAGAAAAAGACCAAAAAUUAUGCACCUAUAAUCUGGUAUUAUUUUCACACUAUUGAAAGAUUUUCAGUGUUUCACCUAAGCAAUUAGAGAAAUAUGAUUGAGCGAUUUCCUAGUCCUAGAUGUUUCCGUCAUCUGAGGACAGAUCAUCUGUGACUGAAUAUCACCUUUUUCAUACUGUUGUUCUUAUGAGUUAUGUAUCUCCUGCACAAUAUGAUUCAGCAGUGCUGUUUUGCACAAGUUUCUGAUGAAGAACAGUCAGUAGUGUAUGUUCCAGGAAUUUCUACAGGAGGAAAUAUCAGAUCAAGACACAAGAUGGUGAAUCCAAAAGCUGAUGUUAAACUUAAGACUUCCAGGGUGACUGCUACUUCAGUCUCCAUGGAGUCUUUAAAAGGUGCAGGGGAUUCAGUAGAUGAACAGAAUUUCUGCAGGGGAGGAAUAAAGAGUGCAUCAUUGAAGGAUUUAUGUCUUGAAGAUAAAAGACGCAUUGCAAACUUAAUUAAAGAACUGGCCAGAGUAAGUGAGGAAAAGGAAGUAACAGAAGAAAGACUCAAAGCUGAGCAGGAAUCAUUUGAGAAGAAGAUCAGGCAGUUGGAAGAACAGAAUGAACUGAUCAUAAAAGAAAGGGAAGCUCUUCAGCUACAGUAUAAAGAAUGCCAAGAACUUCUAAGCCUCUAUCAGAAAUAUCUAUCAGAACAGCAGGAGAAGCUCACUGUGUCUCUCUCAGAACUUGGUGCUGCUAAAAUUCAGGAACAACAGGUAUCCGAUAGGAAAAGCACUCUCUGGUCUUCAUCUGUGGAACUGGAUGGUUCCUACUUGAGUGUAGCCAAACCACAAACCCACACUCAAACCAAGCAAAGGCCUAAGUCUGCAAAUCAGGACUCAGCUUCAGAAUCCCUUGCGGAAUUUAGGAAUAAUUCUUUGAAACAAGCAGCCCUUCAUUAUCCCAAAGAGGAUGUGGACAAGGUGCCAUCAGAGACCAGAACAUGUAAUUAUGGAUCCCCAGGGAAAAAACUAGUAGAUGCAGUCCCUACAGAGAAAGUUCCACCAGAGGACCUGAACAUGAAGGAAUGCCAACACCGUAAGGCUACUCCACCUAGUCAGUGUUGUGGUCAUAGACUUUCUGAAAAUGCGGAUCAUGUUCGUGAGAGCCAUCCGACAAACAUGGUCCCUGAAUAUUCCAGGACACAUCUGGAAUCAUGCAGGUAUUGUGGGCUUUCCUGGGCAUCUCUGAUGCGUGGCCAAGGGGCACUGCAGCCUAGUGAAACUGAUGUCAAAAAGCAGCUCUCAGAAGAUAGAAGGCAGCAACUCAUGCUUCAGAAAAUGGAGCUGGAAAUUGAAAAGGAACGCCUUCAGCAUCUACUGGCCCAGCAGGAGACAAAACUACUCCUAAAGCAGCAGCAGCUUCAUCAGUCUCGACUGGACUAUAACUGGUUAAGAACUCAAGCUGUAUUUAAGUCAAGAGAACUGGUUGCUAAUAAAGACAUUACUACACCCCGAGAGCUGAGGCUGGAUAUGAAUGAGAGUGACUCUGGACCAAGUUUAUUGAAGUCAAAAUGUGAUGUCUGGACGCUUGGAACAUCAUCAUCCAGCAAAAAGUACCAAGACUUCACUAAUAAUGGAGAGAAUAGAAGGGAGAAGAAGACAGUUGGGUUUCAGUCACAUAUGGAAGAUGAUGCCCUGUGGACAGGUCAAAAGAAAGAUGCAUAUCAGCCCCAAAGAGGGACAAUGGCAGAAGUUAGAAAAGAUGCGUCCACAUCUCCUAUGACAACAGGAAGCCAAAAGGAGCUUGUAAUCACAACCACAGCAUCAUUGCAACAUGACACUCCCCGGAGUAAUGCGAGACAAAGGUGUUUGCUGGAGGAUACCAUUCCUAUUUGCCAGUCGCCAUGCUGUUUUGCAAGUUUUCAGAAGCAGAGGCAGCGUUGGUAUGAGACAUCUCUACUGGAUUUGGUUCAAUCUCUGAGUCCCAAGACUGCUUCCAAACCACGGCCCCAUCGCUCCAGAGAAGCUGGGUCAUGGCAUCACAGUACUUGCCUACUCAGUCCUCUGAAAUCAACCUGGAACAAGACCGGGGCAGGCAGGACCCCUGAAGACCUGGAGGAGGAUCAAAUUCUGGAAGAUAUCUUUUUCAUUUGACACUGAAGCACAUGCUGCAAAAUUUCCGUCAGAAAUGAGUGGGUGUUUUUAUAUACUGAUCCAGGAUUUUUAAUUAUUUGACUGCAACGUAAUUGUGUCUCUCCUUUCACAGGGAGGGACCUAUCUCACUAGCAUCCUGUUACGUGUCGAAUAUAGAAAUCAUUCUAACAACCCAGGGUGUUUCUGAUCAGACCAAUCAGUAGACAACACAUUAAGGAUGGAUGGGGGUGGAGGACAGUAGCUUUUCUAUGCCAAGCAGAGAUUAGAACAUUAACAUGGGACACUUUCUGCAUGGCAGAGGCCUUUGCAUACUCAGCCUCAUUCAAGAGUGUUUCCUUCUCAAUAUUUUGCUGGAAAAGGUUGGCUCUCUUUUGUACACAAGGAAAACCUUUCCAUUGAGAGAUCCCUCUAGUUUAAACGUAGCCCCUUUGUAACAUAAGCAAUUUCAGAAAGAUAGACCCUUUUACCUCUCCACCCUGUUCUCUUACCACCUACCUCUUUCUAAGUCAGUCAGUUAAUUCAGAGGUUAGAGUUGGUGGUGCCUCUCCCAUCACAAGCAACACUGAGGGCCAAUUGUGAGUCAGUCUCAGCAGUCAUCAGCCUGGCCGCUGCCCACCCUAUAACCAAAAGGGCUUAAUGAGCUAGAGGGAGGCCCUCCCAACCCUUAGAAAUCAGCAUGAGAUUGCACAAGCGAGUACUGCCCUAGGGGAGGCACUGGCCUGAAAUGCUUAUCCUAUGGUCGGCCAUUUCCCAGGGUAAAUAAGAGCACUCUCUCAGUAUUUUUUCUUGCCCCAAGUGUCUGUUUUACUCACCCUGGUGAACUUCCCAUCAGCUGCUACAGGCUGACAGACUUCCCCUGGCCUCCCUUCUCUCCCCAUGUGGAGUCAAGGCCCUGAUUGACCAGGCCUUGCGUGCUCUGCUCAAGACCACUGUCUCAUGGCCCCAAAGAACCACCUCCACUUGCCAGAUAAUGUUCCACCACCCCACGCAGAGUCUCCCCCUUUCUCCCACUAGGCCUCACAGAGAAAGCCUGUGGAAGAAGUGCACUCGAAACGUACUCUCUCUGCUCUCCCGUUCGGCAGGGCACUUGAGAUGGGUCCCUCAGCUUACAGUGGACUCUAGAGGCGUCUCAAGCUUAUGGGCAGUAUGAUGAGCCUGGUAGAGCCAGUGAGUUUAACACUUGCCAGUCAUUGGAAGCCAGGGGAAGAUAUGCAUCACUUGAUGACUUUAUUUGGUGUGGAGCGUGUUGCUUUUUCUCUCUCCCUUUCGCCAGCCCCUGGCCUGUCAGUCAUUAUUGGUAGCUAACGUCAGACCAUGCAGGGCAGCCGGCACUUAGUGAGACUGCACGGCUUCCCUGAAGUCUUUAUCAAAACUAGAUUACUUCAGCCUACAAGAGCUUUCUGGAGCAACUUCCUUGUCUGGGUAAAUCCACAUCUCAUUGUCUCUUCAGACUGAGGCCCUGUCACCUCUGCCCAACCUUCCUUCACUUGGGUCCUUUUGUUCUUUGGAGGAGAGAAGAAUAUAGCCUACCAAUACCAUA